AUGCGACAAGACAAGCAAGUCGCGAUGAACAAGUCGGUUGGAUUAUUGCCAAAACGUGUGUUUGGACUAAGAACGGACGUUAUUGGAAAUGUUCACUUCACAUUGGGUCAAGAUGUGGUCUAUCCGGUCGCUGGAGCUGUAGUGGUUCAAGAUUUUAUCACAAAUGAACAAAAGCAUCUCAGAUUUGAGGAAAAUAUUAAGCCGGAAAUUAUAGUCAUCAGUCCAAACCUUAAACUUCUAGCAGUAUCAGAAGUUGAUGUCAUAAGCGAAAAAGCUGUCAUCAAUAUUUAUGAACUGGAGAAACUUAAAAAAAUUAAAACAUUAAAUCUUCCACCAGAAUGCCCAGUUCAAAAUGUAGGAAACAUGUGCUUUACAUGUGAUUCGAAAGGUCUUGCUAUGUUGUCCCAGGAGCCCGAUGCUUUUAUCACAAUUUAUACCUUUGACAAAUCUGAUGGAACGGUUACGGGACGGGCAUCGAAUAAAAAUUAUCCUGGUCGUGCUACAUUAGUUCAAUGCAAUCCAAGUGACGCAUCGAUUGUCACGAUUGGUGGUGAAAAUAUGUUGAAAAUCAUGAAUAAAACUGAAAAAGGUUUUGGUCAGUUAGGAACGAUUAAGGGAGAAAAUAUUGUCGUGACAUCUUUAACAUGGUUAACUGCCGAAAUAAUCAUCGCUGGGUCAGCUGAAAUGGAACUUUAUUUUAUCGAAGGUGGAGAAUUGAAAGUAAAGUACAACACCAUGGAUCUUGAGUUUAUUGAUUUAGCAUUAACACCUGAUGAGAAGAACUCAAAAUCAGAACUCAGUACAAUUGCAACGCUUUUAGCUAAGAAAGUUUAUCCAAUUAAAUGUUUGACGACGUUUCCUUUGGGCUUUGCUUUUGCCACGAGCAACAUGUGUCAUGUCUUUCGUCGCCUAUCAGCUUUGAAAUUCCAAAAGAAAACUCUGUUAACAGUGCCUGUAACUCUUUUUGAGGAAGCACUUUAUGUUAUUAAAGACAUUGCCAUUAAUGAUCAACAAGACACAAUCGUUGCAACAACCGAGCACAGUCAAAUUUUUAUUGGUCAAUUGUUUGCACCGGAAAAUAUGAACGUCGUGCAAACAGAAUUUAAAUACCUUGGUGAACCGCUACAUGUUGAUUCUAUUAUUGAUUUGUCUGUUUGCUCAUGGAAACCUAUAGCAAUGACUGCUUCAAAAGAUCACACUGUGAGAAUUUGGAAUUACAAUACAAUGAAGGUAGAACUGAUUAAGAAGUUUCUCAUUGACAUUCGUGUUGUUGCUCUUCACCCAUCAGGGAUCUUUGCAGCUAUUGGAUUCGUUAAUGUUCUUCGUUUAUUUCAAAUUCAAUUGAAUGAUUUGAAGAUCUCAAAAUCAUUUAAUUAUCCAAUGUGUUCCGUCAUUAAAUUUUCACACAGAGGUCAUUUGCUAGCAGCAGGUUGUGAGAAAAUUAUUGCAAUCAUUUGUGUGUUUACUUUCGAAACUGUCAUGACGUUGAAGGGUCACAAUGGAAUUUUAAGUUUGGCAUGGUCAAUGUAUGAUCGUUUUAUAGUUUCAUCAGGCAAGGAAGGAUCAGUGUACGAAUGGAAUGUAAGUAAUAAUGGUGAGAGAGUCAAUGAACUUGUUCAAAAAGGAACUCACUAUAAUGCAAUUGCUGUCUCAUCCGAUCAAAGUUAUAUUGUUGCUGUAACUCAUUCAGCAUAUCUUCGAGAGAUUAGUAAAUCUCAAAUGAUUCGUGAAUAUCGAGCACCUGACAAUGAGUCAUCGUUAACAACUCUCGCUUUUGCACGAUCGGAUCAAAUUAUGUUUGCAGCAAAUGAACGGGGAAGUUUAUACAACAUCAAGAUGCCUUUUCUCGAAUCAGGUGGUGGUUCGUUCAAUAACAAUCAUUUCUAUCAUAAAGCGAUUAAUCGACUUUGUAUGACGCAUGAUGAUAAAUUAUUAGUAAGUGUUGGAAAAGAUGGCACUUUAGUCUUUUGGACAAUUACAAAUAUAGAGAAUCGUGUGACUGAAGUUAUCGACGCUGAGAUUGGAAGUUGUGAAGAUAUUUUAAUAUCACGUGGUGAAUUGACAGCAAAAAUUGAUAAAAUUUCAUUACUUGAAAUGAGAAUAAAUGAACAGAUUGAUGAGUUCUCUUAUGAAAAAUUCCAAUCUGAAAGUUCUUAUAAGGAUCAAAUUAAAGGAAUUCAUGAAAAGUAUGGAAAUGAACUUGAGCAUUUGAAGAAGGAGAAUGAAACUCUCAAAGUUAUACACACUGAACAGUUGAAUGAAGUAACCGAAGCGAUAACAAAAUCAAAUGAACGACAUCAACGAGAAGUUGAUGAAUUGGAAUCAAAUUUUAACCAGAAAAUUAUUCUGGAAUUUGAUAAUCAGAAAAUUCUUAUUCAACAAAUGCAAGAAAUGAAAGAAAAUUAUGAACAGAAACUAUCAAAAUCAAACUGUAUUUUGCAUGACACCAAAGAUAAUCUUGAAAGAAAAUUCAAGAAGCAACUUGACGAGAAGCAAGAUUUUGUUGAUGGCUUGUCGAAGAAGAUUAAAGAGAAGGAAAAAGAAUUUGAAGAAUAUUGUCGUCAAGAAAUCUUAACAUCAUUUCAUUUUGUUUACAUUGUAAUUGAAAUAGAUGAUCGAAACAUGGUAGAGUCACAGUUGAGCUAUGAAAAACGAUUAAAAGACAGCGAAGAAAUAAUAACACGUUGGCGAGGUGACGCAGGCGUUUUGAAGAAAAAGAACAGCAACAUGACAAAAGAAUGUGAAGAAUUAAGAAAGGAAAUUGAACUUUUAAGAUCACAACAAUCACGUUUCCAAGACACAAUCAUGCAGAAUCAGAAGCAACUUGAUGAGCUAAGAAUUGAACGUAAUCAAAGAGAUGUCACGAUUAAAGAGAAAGAAAAGCACAUGAUGGAAAUGAUGAAACAAAGUCAAGAGUUGGAAACAAACAAACAAAUUCUGACAACAAAAAUGAAUGAGCUAAGAAAUGAAAUUGAGCCUCGAGAGGUGGAAAUACGCGAGAAAAAGGAAAGAAUAUUCGAAAUGGAACGUGAAAUAAAACUUCUUCAACAACAGCAACUUAACAGUGGAUUGAAAAUUUCUCAAUUACGCGAUAAGCUUUUGGGAUCUGACAAAGAAUUGAAAGUGGAGAAAACUCGAUCCAAGAAUGUCCGCGAUCAAUUAACAAAAAUUUGCUCAGAUAUUCACAAGAUUUCAUCGUUCAUUCAACAAUCGCCAGAAAAGCUCAAAGAACAAGUAACAGCACUUUUCCAUCGUUAUGGAAGUGAUGCAGAACUACAAAAAACUCUUCUCCUCGAUGUUGAAGUUCAAAAUGAAUUUGCAAGACAAAGAGAAUAUUAUGAGAAGCUAUUGACAAAGCAAUCAUCAUCGAAAAUUUCAGGAGGGAGGUCCAAGAAACUAUCAGGAAGUGAUCACGAUACGUUAAAAUUGCUAAGAGAAAAUGUUACUUUAAUUACUGAAUUAAAUCGACUGAGAACGAAACUUAACGAUGUAGAAAAAGAAAACGAUAAAAUGAAAUCAAUUCUUGGAUUAACAACCCGUCACAUGCUUCCCAGUGUAGCACGUCAGAAACUCGACAAAGCAGCUAUAGAAAAAGAAGAAAUUCAUGAAAAUUAUCGUGAAAUAAUAGAAAAACUAGAAGAAAAGCUUGAAAAAGUGAUAGCUGAAAAUGAAAGUUUAAGAUCGAAAGCUGAUUAG